UGUAACCUUCUGCGUUAUCUCCUAUUUACUGUAUGAAGAGCACUUCCGUUUACUUUUUUAAGAGAGCAGUUUCUACUUUCGAGGGUUCGCCAAUCUUAUAACGUAUUAAAGUAUUGCCCUUGACUCUUCACAAUGUCUGACAGUGAAGGGAGCAUGUACUCGGAUGCAGAAAGUGGGGAUGCAGAGAGUGAGGUGGAUGACAAUAUCGGCUCAGAAGAAGAGAUGAGCAGCCCCAAGAAGAAGCGCAACAUCAUACUGAGUGAGGAUGAAGACAACGACAGCGACAGCGCCCCAAAAAAAAAGAAGCGCAAGUUUAGUGGCAGUGGGGAGGAAGAAGUGGUAGAAGAAGAAGAGGAAGAAGAUUAUGACGAAGAAGAAGAAGAUGAAGAUGAGGAAGAUGCAGGGCGGAGACGUAAAAAGAAGGCACACAGGGGAUUCAUUCUUGAUGAAGCAGAGGUGGAUGAUGAUGAUGAGGAGGAGGAUGAGUUGGACUGGGAGGAGGGGGCUGCUGACCUCAUGGAGCGCAAGUCCACGUACGAGGGUCCCACCGCCAAGGAGCUUGAGAGCAACAGAAGACUGCAUGACCUCAUGAACUCACAAAACGAGGAUGAGAUUGAGGCGUACUACCGUCAGAAAUACGGGGACAGCUCAGCCAUGGAUCGGUUUGGAGAAGGUGAAGAAAUGUCAGACGAGAUCACACAACAAGGCCUUCUGCCUGGCGUCAAAGACCCAAACCUGUGGCUAGUGAAGUGCCGUAUCGGGGAGGAGAGACAGACGGCCCUGCAGCUGAUGAGGAAGUUUAUAGCCUACCAGUUCUCUGAAGAGCCCAUGCAGAUCAAGUCUGUGAUUGCCAAGGAGAGUUUAAAGGGGUACAUCUACAUCGAGGCGUUCAAACAGACCCAUGUGAAACAAGCCAUCGAGGGCAUCGGGAGCCUGCGGAUAGGACAGUGGACACAGAUGAUGGUGCCCAUCAAAGAGAUGACGGACUGCCUGAAGGUGGUCAAGGAGAGUGCGCAGCUCAAGGCCAAGUCUUGGGUGCGUCUUAAGCGAGGCGUGUUCAAGGACGACCUGGCCCAGGUGGACUACGUGGAGAACUCACAGAAUGCCUGUCACCUCAAGCUGCUGCCCCGCAUUGACUACACGCGCAUGCGCGGCGUCAUGAGGAACUCACAGCCGGAUAAUCAAAAACAGAAGAAACGAAGACCAGCUCAGAAACUGUUCAAUGUUGACCAAGUCAAGCAAAUUGGUGGAGAGAUAACCAAUGACGGUGAUUUCCUGAUAUUCGAAGGCAACAAGUACAGCCGUAGUGGGUUCCUGUUCAAGACAUUUGUCAUGUCUGCCAUAAUUGCCGAAGGUGUGAAGCCCACUCUAGCAGAACUGGAGAAGUUUGAAGACCAGCCAGAGUCUGUCAAUAUUGAGACCAUACCGGACAAGAUAGCCGGGGAAAUUACCCACAACUUUGUGCCAGGAGACAUUGUUGAGGUGCAUGAAGGGGAGUUAAUCCAUCUACAGGGAAAGAUCAUCAGCAUUGACGGCAAUAAAAUCACCAUGAUCCCAAAGCACGAGGAUUUGAAGGAUCCUCUAGAGUUCCCGGCUCACGAGUUGAAGAAGCACUUCAAGACAGGGGACCACGUGAAAGUGAUUGGAGGAAAGUACGAGGGGGACACGGGUCUUAUCGUGCGAGUGGAGGAUGAUGUUGUGGUGCUGUUUUCAGAUCUAACCAUGCAUGAGCUGAACGUGCGUCCCAAGGACCUCCAGCUGUGUGCAGACAUGGCCACUGGUGUCGACUCACUGGGACAGUUCCAGUUUGGGGACCUUGUGCACUUGGAUCCUCAAACAGUUGGUGUGAUCGUCAGACUUGAGAAAGAGAAUUUUCAAGUUCUCAGCAUGCACAACAAGGUUGUGAGUGUGAAACCACAGGGUAUAACCAAGAAAAAGGACACACGACAUGCUGUGGCACUGGAUUCAGAGAACAACAAUGUGGCUGUGAAAGAUAUUGUGAAAGUUGUUGACGGACCCCAUUCGGGCCUGGAUGGGGAGAUCAAGCACCUGUACAGGAGUUUUGCCUUCCUGCUGUCACGCAAGAUGACAGACAAUGGAGGGUACUUUGUCUGCAAGACUCGCCAUCUGGUGAUGGCUGGGGGUGGAUCAAAGACCAAUAUCCAGAUCGGGACCCCAGGUUUUAUGUCGCCUCGCUUGGCCAGCCCAGCCCAUCCCGGCAGUGGAGGAGGAGGAGGGGCCACCCCAGGACGGGGAAGAGGGGGCGGGGGUGGGGCAGCGAUCAGAAGAGACCGGGAACUCAUUGGGCAGACUGUCAGAAUCGUGCAAGGACCAUUUAAAGGCUACAUUGGCAUUGUCAAGGACAGCACUGAUACCACUGCCCGUGUGGAGCUCCAUUCCAGCUGCAAGACCAUCUCAGUGGACAAGACCAGGCUGUCUAGUCUCACAGGAGCGCGGCCUGGUGGGGGUGGUGGACGAACCUCGACAUAUGGCGCACGCACCCCAGUGUACGGUGGCCAGACACCAAUGUACGGCUCCCGGACCCCGAUGUACGGGUCACAGACCCCACUGCAGGAUGGGAGUCGGACCCCGCACUACGGGUCUCAGACACCCCAGCAUGAGGGCAGCAUGACCCCUGGCAGGAGCGGAGCAUGGGAUCCGGCAAACCCUAACACUCCAAACAGAACGUCGGACUUUGACUAUUCCCUGGAGGACUCUGUGUCUCCUGCCUCGGACAUUCUCAGCCCAGGAGGACCCUUCACCCCACAGACCCCUGGCACUGCAUACUCCCCAUAUGGGGCCUCACCUAGCUCCUCCUUCCAACCCAACAGCCCUCAUCUGGGAGGCUCUUCCCCAAGCCCCCUGGGCUACCAAGCCUCGCCCUCCCCAGCAGGCUAUGGGUACAGCCCCAUGACCCCUGGAGCCCCAUUCACACCCCAGACCCCUGGGACCGCCCUGGACCAUUCCAAUGCAGACUGGCACACAACAGACAUAGAGGUCCGCAUUCGUGAGACGCAUGAGGAAGCAAAUCUGAUACAUCAGACUGGAGUCAUCAGGAGCAUCUCUGGAGGCAUGUGUUCUGUGUUCCUACCUGAUGAAGACAAGGUGGUCAACAUCUCCUGUGAACACCUGGAGCCUGUGCAGCCGGAGAAAAAUGACAAGACCAAAGUGAUCCUUGGGGAGGAAAGGGAGGCCACUGGAACCUUGCUCAGUAUCGAUGGAUUUGAGGGAGUUAUCAAACUUGAUGGCGGAGAAAAGAACAUCAAGAUGUUACCCAUACGAUUCCUGUGUAAAAUGCCGAGCUAAACUGAGUGUGAAAGUGUUGGUCACGUGGAAAGAACACAGUUUUGUAAUAUUUGGCAAAUGUUUUGCAAGUGGAGAAUUUUUUUCUUCCGUGUUGUAUGUCCUGUAAAUUUUUUCCUCAUGGACGGCUUUUAAAGGUGCAAAUUAUGUGUUUGUUUGUUAAAAAUCUAUCAGAGGACAAAAAAUAUUCUACACAUCGCAUAUGUCACACUUUUCUAAAGCAGAGCACAAUAAUUUGAUCAAUUAUCCCUUGAUUUAAAGGAUCAAAUUUGAACUUGUGUGCACAUUUUAUAGAUAACUUUAUUGUGUCCAAUAAUGAUUUAUAUGUUUUUAAUCUGUCUAAAUACGCUAUUUGUUCAUUUUGAUUCAGUUGGGUGGCAGAUUUUUGAAAGACUUAAAAGAGUUAUCAUAGUUAAACCUUGACCACUUAGAUAUGUAUUUUGACGCAUUUGUAGUCCCUCAUGAAGUUACAUUUAAUUGAAGACCUUUUUACUAGAUUUCAGUUUAAAAGGCUUCCUUUCCAACCCUUAGAUACUGAUGAGCAGCAAACAGCAUAAAACCUGAACAGACUGUGAGUUACUACCAGGCUGUUCUGGUUUUUAUGCUGUUUACACAUACACAUUUUUAUUUUGCUUCUCAGUGGGAAAGGGUUAGCGGUAAACAUAUUCUCCUUAUCAAGUUAUCAUAAUUACUGAUGUUUAAUUGUUUCGAUGUUUGCAUCUUCAAUGAGAAUUUUGUAUUUAAUGUCAUGUUUUUUUCAUGCUAGCUAUUGAAACUGUCGUAGUAGCUUGAAUAUUUUUAUCAAGAACUAUACUGAGAUCACAAGUUCUUUUUUUGUCAUUUGUAAUUUCUGUUCGUAACAGUUGACAAAGUUUUCAACCUAAUAAUAUAAUAAACCACUUAGGUAUAUCUUGCAAGCACGAUUUGCUAUUCGGUUUAAACCCCUGUUUAUCUUUAAAUGUUUACAAAUCUCGGAAAAUACUUCAAUCGCCUUUGCACAGUCAAAAGAUAAUGUUUCUUCAGUAAUAAGCAGCAGUAUAUGGUCCAAGUACGUCGCAUUGGUAAGUGCCAUAAAUCAUUUGCCAUCUUACAUUUAGAAGUCAUCAAACACCCUUGACUGUUAACGGUCAUUGUAAUGAAGAAGUUGUCAACAUCUUAAAUGAAGAGCAAUAGCUUUGUUGACAUAACCAUUAAAUUAUUUUCAAGAACGAUCGCAUUCUACAAUCGUUAUACAAUAUAUUAUUUAAUAUAUAUAUAUUGCUUUAUCGUUGCAAGAAUCACGGACGAGUUGAAAUAAUUAUUUCUUUGUUCAUUGUUUAUACAAUCAUUUCAUUUCUGUAAAAAUCAGUGCAUUAUUUUUAUGUUGGUCUAUGAUAAAAAAACUAAAACUUUAAUUAUGCCCCCCUUCGAAGAAGAGGGGGUAUAUUGCUUUUUUCUCAUGUCGGUCGGUUUGUCGGUCCGUCCACCAGGUGGUUGUCAGACGAUAACUCAAGAAUUCUUGGGCCUAGGAUCAUGAAACUUCAUAGGUACAUUGAUCAUGACUCGCAGAUGACCCCUAUUGAUUUUGAGGUCACUAGGUCAAAGGUCAAGGUCAUGGUGACCCGAAAUAGUAAAAUGGUUUUUGAAUGAUAACUCAAGAACGCAUAUGCCUAGGAUCAUGAAACUUCAUGGGUAGAUUGAUCAUGACUCGCAGAUGACCCCUAUUGAUUUUGAGGUCACUAGGUCAAAGGUCAAGGUCACGGUGACCCAAAAUAGUAAAAUGGUUUUCGGAUGAUAACUCAAGAAUGCAUACGCCUAGGAUCAUGAAACUUCAUGGGUAGAUUGAUCAUGACUCGCAGAUGACCCCUAUAGAUUUUGAGGUCACUAGGUCAAAGGUCAAGGUCACGGUGACCCGAAAUAGUAAAAUGGUUUUCGGAUGAUAACUCAAGAACGCAUAUGCCUAGGAUCAUGAAACUUCACAGGUAGAUUGAUCAUGACUCGCAGAUGACCCCUAUUGAUUUUGAGGUCACAAGGUCAAAGGUCAAGGUCACGGUGACCCGAAAUAGUAAAAUGAUUUUCGGAUGAUAACUCGAGAACGCUUUUGCCUAGGAUCAUGACACUUCAUAGGUACAUUGAUCGUGACUCGCAGAUGACGCCUAUUGAUUUUCAGGUCACUAGGUCAAAGGUCAAGGUCACAGUGACAUAAAACGUAUUCACACAAUGGCUGCCACUACAACGGACAGCCCAUAUGGGGGGCAUGCAUGUUUUACAAACAGCCCUUGUUGAGUACUUGAAUUGCAUGUAUUGCUGCAGUUUUCAUUUCACACCAAUGGCUGGCUGGUUUUAUUAACAAUAUGAGGCAUCUGGUCCAAAAAUACUGAAACUCAUAACCAGAAUCUCAUUAAUGAGGUUAUUAUAGUAAAAAGUAAACACAUCGAUAGAAAUCAUUUUAUUGAACAAGUGAUUAUAUUUCUAGAGAAAAUGAAUUGUAUAAUACAACUUGGAUCAUGACUCAAUUUAAAAUAAAACAACAUCGAUCUUAAA